UGGUUUAAUCUGGCGUAUAGGAUAUUAUCAACAGUUCAAUUGAAUCUGUUUCAUAAGAACAAUGCAACUUUAUCGCAAAAUAUUAAUUUACAUACUCGGAUUUCUUCUUGUAAUAACGGUUAAUUCGUAUGACGAUGCUGCAGAAUACUCAUCGUCUCUGGAAAGAAGAUUGACGUUAAAAUUAAAAACAGCGGCGCGACUAAAGCACAAUCUCGGGAAGGUUCUACACGAAUUGCCGAUACUAAAUUACGAAUUUUAUCAUUCUAUAAAAAUCGUUGAAGAUUAUCUUAAAAACGGAGGUUCAUUGGUUGAAUGUCUUGAAAUUUUGCCCUCAAUAAUGUAUGCAUCUGUUGAAGAUCAAAUGAGCAAUAUUCUAGGAACCAUGGAAGAUUAUCUACCCAAGUAUCUUACACCGGCGAUAUCUAUGCUUAAACGAUCUUUCUCGGAAGGUAUUUUGGAUGUUGAUGAAAUCUAUAGGCCCAACUGGGGACCUCUGAAGAGCGAUUUAUUAGAGAAAAUUCCCGUGAAAGAACUGCAAGAAGCAGCUGUGCCUUUGAACUAUCGUGAGCCAGUCAAGAAUCUUAAAGGACCUUGGUCAAAAAUAGUUGGUGAAACAGUAUCAUUUAUAAAUAAUAAAGUCAUUCGUUUGCAUCGAGAACUGAUUGGGCAUAUCUUGGCGAAUCUGAGGAUACCUGACGCAACGAUAAAAGUCAGAGAAUCAGUCACGCAUCUCAUUGAAUAUUUACAGCAGAAUGGCGAGCAUGAAUUUCUCGACGUCAAGACGUCUUUCGAUCCAUAUAAAUUGGUGCUUAAUACCAUUUCAAGUCUGCCUUUGCGGAACCAAACUUUAGUAGCCGCUAACUUACUUUUGCCGUUUUUAAAAACGCCCGCGGAAUGUCGAAGUAUCCCCGAGUUGGAAAAUCUGUACCACAAUAAUAUCUUUAACUAUACUAUGCUGAUGUCUCGGAAUAGAAUAGUCUUCAAGACCGGCUCAGCACUUAUACCCAUGAUUGAGCAAAACGUAGAAGUGCAGGAUAUUGUGAGACAAUUUUCUCCAUUCGAAUAUAUGGACUGGAAGGACCUCUUAUUAUCUUUCAUCAGUCACCUUAGACGUCAUCAAGGCCAUCGAGACAAAAUGUCGAAUAUUAUGGAUAAUGUUUAUGGUGAUCUCGUAUUGCAAAAUUUUCAGAAACGUUGGCAACUUGUAAGGAACCAAGUGAUCGCGAAAACGGUAUUCUCCGCUAUUGGAAGAAAAGAAAACUCUGCCAGGAUCCAAAGACUUCUCACGGACGUGAGUUUAAACAAAAGUAUCCAGCUGAAAGAUUGGCAGAAAGCAAUUGCUUUUAUCUCAGAUGAUAGCAUCGGUGGACCCAUAAACGCUACUCUGAAAACACUAAAAGCUUUAUUAAUUUCGGAAAUUCUUUCUACUAAUAUCUUGAAAGCUAACAUCGCUGAGUUGGUGGAUACAUACGAUAAUAAAUUUAAUAAAGAACUAUUUAAAUGCAGCGGCCCACUAGAAAACUAUCUGACUAAUUUCACUCACAUAGGAAUGAAUAUUAAUAAGAAUAUAAAUAUUGCAAAUGUAGAUGUUGAAGAUCUUUUCCAGGCUCUGCGUGAUUUGGAUGUCUAUACAGACGAAUAUAAAAGUUUACAAAGUUUCUUAUCGCAAGACGAUUUGGAGGCGAAAAUAGGAAAAAUAGUUGUGAACGCGUAUCCUACUAGAGGUAGAUUGCUAUCUCAGUUAUUGCAUAUGUUAAAAUAUGCCAAUAGUAAUGAUCUACGUUAUUUAGUUAAACAGUUCAUCGAUAACGUGGUUUAUGAAGGUUAUGGUGCUGGUAGUCCGUUAUUACAUUUUAACUAGUUUAUGAGUAUGCAAGUUUUGUGUUACAUUAAGUGAAUGAUAUUUUAUCACACGAGUGAUAAUAACAAACAACAUGCGUGUCUAAAAGACGUCUUAAGUAAGAUGUCUUUGAGACAUCAUGAAGAGUUAUUAAAAGACAUUAUGAAAGAGUUAUUGUGUUAAGAGUUAUGAAAAGAAACAUCUUAAAGGCGUCCCAGACAACAUGCUAGUCUUAAAGACGUCUUUAAGACGUCAGAGAUUUGACCUCCUUUAGACUUUACCAAAUGACGUCUUUUAGACAUCUUAAAGAUUCUUAUAUUAGACGGCUUACUUCAUAUGUCUUAAAGAUGUCUUAAAUACGU